AUGAUCAAUGUUGAGAACCAUGUCAUCAAUGUAAAGGAUAACACGAACAUUGUGGUGAACAGUACUAAUUGGAUAGAGUCAUUGUAUGAUCAUAUAGAGACGGCACAGAAUGGUGGAUGGGAUGAUGAUGCUGCCUCUUGCCACAUCGAUGCAGACACAUUGAAGCGUCCACUACACGACCAUUUGAUGCUGUCGUCUGUGUUCCUGUCACGAUUGGCCUACGUCAACUAUGAGAAGGACAUUGCCAAUAUGAUUGCGCAGCACACUACCACCAUCCCACUGCGCUCCAUCAGCUUCUACAAGCCUACGCACACGCGCACCAAGAUGGUGGUGGCGCUCGACCACCUGGACAACAUGUUUGUGGCGUUCACCGGCUCGACGGCCGUCAGCGACGUGCAGUUGGAUGUGGCGUGUGGCCUGUUUGAGAAGCAGUUCUACGACCGCGAACACACGCUGUACGCAACGAUCGCCCGCUUCGAGUGGGUCUACUGCGCCGUGCAGCAACUCAUGACCAUCGCCUAUCGCUGCAAGGCCAAGCGUCUCAUAUUCACCGGCCACUCGAUGGGCGCCAAUGCGGCGUCGUGGGCGGCCAUCCACGCGCUCAACUUGCAGCGCCAGUCGGCGCCCUCGCCACACCUGGGCACGCUGUCCAUCAAGUGCUACUCAUUUGCCGCCGCCAGCUACUUCCACCAGGAGACACGCGAGCUCAUCGACCAGCUCGAGCGUGAGCGGCCGCAUGAGCCCAUCUUCACAACGGUGUUGAAUGAGUUUGACCUGGUGCCACUAAUGUCGCAUCAUCCCUUCCUCAUGCUAGACUUCUUCUUUAUCAUCCUAGCAUUUGUCUCCAUGCUACACACACUCCUAUACCAUCGCGAACCCUCAAUGUUCGCGCCUUUGCUCCUCCUUCUGGCUGUCAAGCUUCCUCUUAGCUAUGCCCUUGCCAAACUUGUAGAUACCCUAUAUAUAAAAUGUUUCUCAAUCGGAUUAUUAUCACCUAAUGUACACUUGUUCAAUGCGAAAGAGAACAGAUAUAUUGCCACAGACCCGAUGUCUGUGGAAAGCAGGUUCAAGUCGCUCCUGCAUCACCUCGUCAAACUGUACAACAUACGAGCGCUCUUUAAUCAGGACCACUCCUGUGAACUAUAUUACCAACGCGUACAAUCACAGAUUCUGUGCAGUGUGUCUGGCAGCGCAGCGAACGCUGCCAGCAACACACAACACCAGCAGUUAUCCACCAACAUGGCGCACAUGUCCACAACAACAUCGGAUACAGUGUCCAGCUACACGGACACCACAUCCAAUGGCAAUGGCAAUGGCGCCGACUCAUCAUCCAUCUCCAAUCACAUUCAAUAUCUAACGCAUCCAGCUCACUUUGUCGUUGACAUUGUGGAGGACGAGCGUAUCGCUCUUCUUAAGAAGCGCAUCACAAUGAAGGGACUAGGUAUAUUAAUGAUCAUCCACAUGAUGUGGGUCGUCCUGUCCAUCAUUAUCCUAUCAUUCUAA